AUGUGGAUCGCGGCUGUGUUCUUGUAUUACCUCCUGGCUGCGACACUUAUUUUGGCAGAAGGUGAAAAUGAUCCUUCAAACCCAACCUCUCUGCCAGUGUUUCCUUUCUCGGAGAAUCUGGUGAAGCUCGAGCAGAUGUCGAUUCAACCUGUUACAAGGGAACAAGAGGAAAUGCUGAAGCGUAGCAAAAUACCACCUGCUUAUUGGCCGUACGUAAAUAUCACAGAAGUUGAGAUACGAGAGCGGAAACGGAACGCAACCGAUGGAGGUGUGAUAACAGACGAAGACGUUGCUGACAUACCGGACGACGACGAAAAUCCGAAACGGAAUACAAUGGACUACGAUGGGAAGAAGAUAACAAUACCAAUAACGGAAGAGGCAGAAAAAAAGCUAUAUCAGCAUUGGACAGAUCAAGCAGUGUCCGGUCUGAUGUCGGCGCAUGCCACGUUGAAACUGAGAAAUGUCGGGCACGCCGAGAAACAUGCUCACAGACAAUGCAAUAAAGGGGCUAAAACUGUACCCGAGCAUGCGAAAUGUGUUCUUGUGUUGCUGGAACUGGAAAAGAAGUAUCAACGAUGGUUGAAAAAGUUUGGAGAAAAAGCAAAGAGAGUUGGAAGGAUCAGUUCACUGAAAAAACGAUUACCCAGUGUUUCACGAUCAGAACAGUUAAGCCACACCGGAAGAAGAGAUUUCCAAUUAGAUGAAAGUAGGCGGCGACCGCCUACCACCAAAAAACAACGUGAAUACUAUCCUACUGAGAACGGCUGGGUAGGCUCCUUUAGGAUGCGGGCCAAACGCUCACCAAAGGAACCAAAACUGAUGAAAGUGAAGCCAGUGACACGCGAUCGAUAUGAUUUAGUCGAUGAACUACCAGAGUCACCUCUGGGUAUAAUUUCGAAGAAUCUCUUGCGAGACAUAAGGUUACUAAAGAAUAAAAAGGACAGGGAUUUCAAACAAUGGAAAUCUGUGAUUGCUGAAUUUCGCGAAGAAGCCAAGAGAAUAAAACAACAACAGAAAAUGAGACGUAAUGUUGAAAAGCGCCUAAACAUGUUUUUCAAGACUCUUCGUAAAGAGGACAUCGAUCAUCGUGAGUCGAUGAAAAAAAUGAGCCCGUAUGGUGAGCUCAGCGACGCUCAGCUCGAUGAUCUGAUGUCGAAAGCGAAGGAAGAAGGGAAGAAGCCGACAGUUGAAGAGAAACUUAUGAAGGCACCAAUGGACCUCAUUCGUAACGCAGUGAAAAUCGGCAUGAUUAUGUCCGGGAAGAACACGUCGGAUUUUGACGAAAAGAAUAUUGAUGUGAUAUCUCCGAGAUUUUUCCCGGUAGUUCCGGAAGAAAACGUCGAUAAUAAGGUAAAGUUGAUUUCGCCCUCGCUUUUUGCAUUGCACGACGAGGGUGAAGGAAUUGAAAAAGAAACAAGUCUGACCAAAGCGAUGUCAGUCUUUGGAAGAAAAGACAAUGAGGCACUGUUGGACUUCAUCAUAGAAGCAGCUGGUGUUUCUGAUGCAUUGGACGGAAUAAAGGAUGAGAAGAGUCAGGAUAAAAACCGACAGAGAGACAACCCGUUUUACUCUCCAGAAGGGCAGCUGCCAUGGCUCACCAAAGAAAAUGUGACCGAACUAUAUGGCGAGGGAGAAAAAAAUAAGAUAGAGGCUUUUGAAAAACUUAUAGGGUCGUUGAGCCCUGACCAGCUCGAUCAAAUGAACUCAACAGGAUACACUGUUAUGGACAAGAAACAACUGAACGUGAUUUAUGGGCGUUCUUCACCAUAUCACGACCAGGAAACUCUUGAUAGACUUUCUAAUGUAUCUAUCGCCGACAUACCGGAUGCGCUUGACCAAGCUGUACGGGGCCUAGCCGCAGAAACAAUGAAAUUCCAAGUGCAACGACGUAAACAAAUAGUACUUUCGCCUCUAAUAUUUACACCAGUGAUUUUGGAUCCUGCUACAGCUUCACAGCCUAUUAUCCUUUCACCGCUCAUGUUUGAUCCACUUAUACUAUCACCUAGCGUUUUCGGCGCUAUCGUUCUUUCCCCAUAUAUAUUCACCCCUGUUAUCCUUGCUCCACGAGUGUUGGCACCUAUUGUCCUAUCACCUCAUAUUUUCUCGCCUACCAUUCUCAGCCCUCUUGUGUUUGCUCCUAAUAUUGUCAACUCAGGAGUCGGAAAUGCUAUCAUUUUGAGUCCAUUGGUAUUUUCGCCAUUCAUUCUUCACCCUGUUGCACUCACUCCUCUCAUAUUAUCACCGUAUGUCCUAAACCCAUUCAUUGGUGUCCCUCAUACCUUAUCACCUAUCAUUCUUUCCCCAUUUGUUCUAUCUCCCGUGGUAUAUUCACCUCCGUACUAUUCGGCGUUUCUUUUGUCACCCCAUGCAUUGUCACCUGCUAUCGAGUCGGAAGGCUAUUGUUUCGUAUCUAUACUCUCACCCAGUUGGCUUAGUUAG